UGGGCCGACACCAUCGGCGGCUAAUAUUUGUAAAAACGAGCGCCGCCGACAAUAGAGUCGUCUCCAUAUCUGCUCCAACAAUUUGGUGACAAACAAUUCCAUAGUUUUAAUUCUAACUUUUACGAAAAAAUGAUAAAAAUCUACUGCCAACAACUUGCUUUGUUGAUAUUGUUAUCCUACGUCCACUUGGCGAUAUCUAUACAGGCACGGAGCGAUCGUGAACAGCAGGUUACCCCUGCAAUUGGUAAUAAUGCUCGUGUAGCUGCUGGCGACAACACUAAUUAUCGAGUUUGGGGACCGAAAGUCUUGUGCUCUAUGCUCCCCGAUGAUUUCCUGGAAUGCAACAAACCCAUCGAUCACAAGGACAACAAAACAGCCAAAGAAGAAAAAGGUUACGGCUGUUUGAAAUUUGGUGGUCUCAACUAUGAAGACGUAGAACAUACUAAAGUGCAAUGUACAGUAUUUAAUGACAUCGAUUGCCACGGUCCAAGAACAUUCCACAGAGAUGGGGUACCAUGCAUCCGAUAUUCCGAACAUUAUUUUCUGACAACUCUGCUGUAUAGUUUGCUGUUGGGUUUUUUGGGUAUGGAUCGAUUUUGUUUGGGACAAACCGGAACAGCCGUGGGCAAAUUGUUGACUUUGGGUGGAGUCGGUGUUUGGUGGAUUGUCGAUAUUAUAUUACUUAUUACUAAUCGUUUAACACCCGAAGAUGAUAGCAAUUGGAAUCCAUAUGUUUAGCAGAGGUUCUUCUGGCAACGAGAUAGAGAAGAAAAUUAGUCUUAGAAUAAAAAAUAAAUUGUGAUAUUGAAUAAUUUUUAUGCCUACCUAAUUGUUUAGUUUUUAAAUUGUAUAGAGAGAAACAUAAUUAAAAUCUUCAAAAACUAA